AUGGUUGCUAGUUAUACGAUAUUAGGUAAAUCUAUUCCAUCACACUUCUUAGCUUUAGGAACUUUCGGUGCUGUCAUAGGUGGUACUUUAUUUGCAAAGAGCGGUUCCUCUGCUCCAGCUCCAGUUCCUACAAAAAAAGAACAACCUGCCACCACCGCUAAAUCUUCUAAUAACGAAGAAUUCGAUGUCGAAAAAUUAAUUGAUUCCUUUUUAAAAGAAGAAGACAAAAAAUGA